AUGAGACCCUUUCUAGGACGCCUGUGGGCGCGUGUUCUUGAGGCCAGGCCCAGGACAAACCGGACUCUACUCAUAGAGACGGCAAAGAUGGCGCUACUUCUCCACGUCUUCAUCCGGCACGCCUACACCAUCAAGGGCACGCGCGGCGCCUCCAUGCUGCCAACCAUGGCCGCCGACGGCGAGGGCGUUGUGAUCAACAAGAAGUACCGCCGAGGCCGAUAUAUUGAAGUUGGAGAUCUGGUCAGUGUCAGGCAUCUCUUUGAGCCAGAAGAGGCGGCUAUCAAGAGGGUGAUGGGGAUGCCGGGAGAUUUUGUGCUGAGGGAUACACCGGGGAAGGGAGAGGGCUUGAUGGUUCAGGUGGGGGUGCAUGCUGUCGGUUUCAUCAUCUACACCGGCUAA